AGUUGAGCCUGGAUUUCAGCCGAAUGCCAUGGAGAGCACUCCAAGGCUUUCGCUGAAAAGCGCUGAGGACUUCAGCGGCAGCAUCGAGUACCGCCUCGAUGGCCAGUUCUGGUUCCGCUCCUGCUUCGCGCGCUUGCAUGGGGACCUGCUGCUCAUCCAGCGCAGCGGCAAGCAACAGGCGGCCGUGCAAUUGCACUCCGCCAAGGUCGAGCUGCAAGCGGAUACCGGGGUCACCGUGCGCGUGGAGGCGCCCGGCAGCCCCUUCCUCUCGCUGCGCUUGAACAGCGGGGAAGCGGCGCAGCAGUGGACGGAGGCGCUGCAGGAGGCGACCAAAGCGGUGAGCCGCUUCAGAGACAUGGUUGGCUCAGAGGUGCCAUUGCUCAGCCUAAGCCCCGCAGCGAGCCCCCGCACCUCACCGCAGCCGGAUCCGGAGCUGGAGGAAGGCAUGAGGGCGGCCGCAACGCGCGCGGACUUGGCGGCAAUUGCUUUACGGGAGGAGCAGGAGCGCAGCAAGUGCCUGGAGAAGGCAAUGCUCGAGGAGCAGCAGAGGCGACAGAAGGCUGAGCUCAGAUUUCAGGAGCUUGAAGCCAGGUUUGCUGCUGCUGAGGCGGAGCAUGAGGUACAAGGACUCCUGAGGCGCGAGGAGCUGGCAGGCCAGUCUGCGGAGGCGGGCUCCCUCAAGACCGCGCUGGCGGCCGAGCGUGCGGCGCGCGCCGCUUCGGAGGCUGAGCUGGAAGACCUCCAGUCGCAGCUUCCAAAGCUGCGAGCGGAGAAGGAGGCGGCAGAAGCCACCAAGCAGCAGCAGGAGCUGCACUUGAACUCGCAGACUGCAGACCUAGAGGGGGAGAAGGCCUGCCUCUCGCGGCGCCUGCAGUCGGCGGAGAAGCGCCUGCAGGCGGAGCAGCAGUGCCGCCAAGCCGCGGAGGAAAGGCGGGGCGGCGCUGAGCGGCGGCUGGCGGAAACUGAGCAACAGCUGGAGCAGACCAUCAAGAAGCUGCUGCUCUGCCAGCUGCGCGCCCAAGAGGCACAGCAGGUGCCGCCUCAGGCGCAGCGCGUUGCCGAGCUCCAAGAGGAGCUGCAAGCGGAGAAGAGUCGCCACCUUCAGCGCCGCGAGGAGUUGGAAGGCCAGUCAGCGGAACUGAGCUCCCUCAAGGACGCGCUGGCGACAGAGCGCGAAGCGCGAGCCGCUGCUGACGCUGAGCUGGCAAGCCUGCAGUCGCAGCUUCCAAAGCUGCAAGCGGAGCGCCAGGCAGCAGAAGCCACGAAGCAGCAGUUGCAGGAGCGCUUGCUCUCGAUCGAGACUGCUCAGGACGAUGUAAAAGGCCAGUCAGCAGCGGAGCUGUCCUCCCUCAAAGGCGCGCUGGCGGCGGCACGGGCGGCACGAGAUGCCGCCGAGACUGAGCUGGAAAGCCUGCAGUCGCAGCUUCCAAAGCUGCGAGCGGAGCGCCAGGCAGCAGAAGCCGCGAAGCAGCAGUUGCAGGAGCGAUUGCUCUCGAUGGAGGCUGCUCAGAACGAAUUGAAAGGCCAGUCAGCAGAGCUGAGCUCGCUCAAGGACGCGCUGGCGGUAGAGCGCGCGGCGCGAGCCAAUGCUGACGCGGAGCUGGAGAACCUGCAGUCGCAGCUUCCAAAGCUGCAAGCGGAACGCCAGGCAGCAGAAGCCACGAAGCAGCAGUUGCAGGAGCGGUUGCUCUCGAUGGAGGCUGCUCAGGACGACUUGAACAAGAGCGACCGCAACUUGCAAGAAGGCCUCCAGCAGCUGGCUGCAGAGCGCGCGGCCCGGGCCUCCGCUGAGGCAAAGCUGGAAGCGCAGAUGGCCAAGGAGCAACGCUUUGAGGCCAUUCAGCCGGAUCAGCAGAGGGCCGAGCUGCUGGAGACGCGGCAGCAGCUGGCGGAGGCGGAGCAGCGACUGGCGCAGGCUGAGGCGAACUCCAGCGGGGAUGCGCUGGAGCAGCUGCAGGGGGAGCUGCAGGAGGUGCGCAGCAGCAAGGGCGAGCUGCAGCGGCAGCUGGUGGCGGCGCUGAAAACGGCCACGGCCUUGAAGGCCAUGAGCCGCGCCAAGGCGCAGUAGACUUGCCUAGGUCCCCCAGUGCCCUUCUCUCCGGGAGGGUUCCCCUA